CAGUGAUCAAACCCUGGGUGAUCUGACAGUCCAGUGUUUGAAGUGAUUAUCAUGCUACGCAACACAAAGGGUUACCCCCAGCUUUGGGCCUAAUUAGUUCACUUAGGGCCCCUUAUAAGACACUGGUAGGGGACUGGCGAGCACAGACACUCAGAAGUCAGCCGAUUAAGCAGGAUUGCUGCAGCAGAUCUGGAUCCCUUGAGCUGACCUGCUGCGACAUCAAAACAAACUAUCUUGAGCACUCUCUGCCUUUCUGAGAAUGCCACAUUUAACCGACUGCAGUUACUACAUGAUGCGGGACGCGGCCAGAGCUUCAAAUGUACAGAGCCACCUCGAGAACUCCAAGUUCCACCUCCACCAGAGCCAGAGUCAGCAGGUCAAGCAGUACCUGACGCUGGCCUCAUCGACCGGGCAGGUCCACGCUCUGCCUCACCCGCACGCCCCCGGCCAGCCGCUGGCCACCAUGCCCAUCAUGAGGACCGGGAACAUGCCCUCUGUCAGCGACAGUAGCAACCCCACCAGCCCCGUUACCCUGCUCACUAUGGCCAGUCACGACAGUGAGUUUCCAAUGGAUGAAGUUAUUGAUGACCUAAUUAGUCUUGAAUCCGGCUUCAAUGAUGGAGGCCUGGAUUGCAUGGAGCCUAACAUCAUGAUGCAAAGCAAUGUAUCCCUCAGUGGCAGCAUGCUGGACCUGUAUGGGGGUGAACCAGGUAUGAACGCCCCUAAUGGCGGAAUGAGUCCCACACCUAACCCCACAAAGCUCACUGUAAAAAGGGAAUACACAGAGCACGACACAAGGGUGAUGGCCAAAGAGAGACAGAAGAAAGACAACCACAACUUGAUUGAAAGGAGGAGGAGAUACAACAUAAACUACAGGAUAAAGGAGUUGGGGACACUGAUACCGAAGUCGAACGACCCAGACAUGCGCUGGAACAAAGGCACCAUCCUGAAGGCCUCAGUGGAGUACAUUAAGUGGCUGCAGAAGGAGCAGCAGCACGCGAGGGAGCUGGACAGCCGGCAGAAGAAGCUGGAGCAAGCCAACAGGAGGCUGCUGCUGAGGAUUCAGGAGCUUGAGAUCCAGGCGCGAGCACAUGGUCUCCCAAACAUGACUUCAUCCCUGGGGACGGUUGAAUUAUCCUCCCACCUCCUCAAACAACAACAGUCAUCUCCCCAGGUCCAGCAGCCUCCCCUGUACCAGGAGGACCCCAACAGUGACUACCUCCAGAGGAUCCCUACUGCCGCCGGGCCACAGGAUCACAUCACCGGCACCGACGGCUGCACGUCAUUCUCCGACCCACUGUCCCACUUCACAGACUUCUUCAGCGCCACGCUCAAGGAGGAGCAAUGGCUGGACGAGAUCCUGAUGGACGACCCGCUCUCACCGUUCGGCGCCGACCCGCUCCUGUCGGCCGGUUCCCCCGGAGCCGCGUCCAAGGACAGCAGCCGCCGGAGCAGCUUCAGCUCCAGUGGGGGGGGCGACCUAUAAUGGGGGGCCCACUCUCUUUAAAAAGACUGCCUUGUGGCACUGGACAUACAAUACUGACCACUUCACGUUCAAGUCAGGUCAAGUGCCACCUGGAUAUAACCUGUGUAGUUCUUGGACUAAAAGCUGCCCAACUCGCGGCGCCAUCUGCUCUUUUUCAACUCGACGACGGAACAUGAACAUGUUCCUCUGUCUCCCACAUAGAGCAGAAACACUCAUUAAAAAAAAAGGGAGACAUUCAUCAGCCUUAUACAUCCAUUAUAUAUAUAUAUAUAUGUGUACAUAAUGUAAAUAGACCACGUUUUCAUCCUGUUUAACCAUGUACUCAAAAACAUUCACUGAAAACCAGCCAAAAGUGUCCGUUUUUAACGAACGUAUGACUAUAACUUUAGAGAAAAGCAGGACUGAGAUGAUGUCAUGUGCCUUAUUUAAAGUCUCGGUUUUGUACUUACCACAGUGCCUAAUGUGUCCUUUGUCUCGUCCACGUCUUUUGUUUCUGUUCAAUGUUUAUAGUUAGUUAGUUUGUGUAUUCAUUAAUACAUAAUGUACAUAUUCAUAUUUACACAAACAUCUAACAAAUUAUCUUUUGUAUUCUUGCAAAGGGGGGGUGGGAAAAAUACAAUAAACCCCUUUUUUUAUUUACUUGA